GGUGCACAGGCAGUCCGCAGCCCUCCUCAGUGGGAGAGAAGUUUUCACCAGGGGGAUUCUGUCCAAGAAUUAAAACACCUUCAUGUCGACUCUGUUGGAUACGAACCGGCCGAUGCUAUGGUUACCUUUAUUACGAUCUUACAGGUGAAUCUAGUGAUGUCCAUCCUGCUCUAUGUGAUGGUCCUCGUGUACCUCUAUGGUAUCCAGGCAACCACCAUGGAGAACAGUCGCCAGGGGCAACAGCAGCAGGAGCAGCAGCAGCCCAGUCCGGACCCUCUAAACUCCCUCAUCAUCCAACUGCUCCAAGCUGACCUGACCAGAGGCAAGACAAGGGGGAACCAGACCCAGCAGGGGAAAAGCAGGAACACGGACCAACGGGAAGCGCUGCCGCCUCUCCACAGUGCUAACCUGGUUCCGGACGAACGGGGGGACACAGAGCGGUGGGGCGAGGCGGGCCGCAGCGAAAGGAACGCCAGUGUGAACGAGGGGCAGGUGACAAUUUUGAGCUCGGACCUACUGAGCCAGCACAAGCGCUUUAAUUCCCCCCGGGUGCUGCUGAGCGAUCGGGCACCGCUGCAACCGCCGCCGAUGUACAUGGCGGACGACUUUCUAAGCGGCGGACCGGAGGGCCAAACUUCCGGAAACAAGACCCGGAAGAAGCGCUACACUGAACACAAGAGUUAUCGCGGGGAAUACUCCGUGUGCGACAGUGAGAGCCAGUGGGUGACUGAUAAAACUCAAGCCGUGGACACCAGGGGAACCCCCGUCACGGUUUUGGACAAAAUCAAAACCAGCGCCACACAGGAUAUUAAGCAAUAUUUUUACGAGACACGCUGCCGGACCCCGCGGCCCUUCAAGGGGGGGUGCAGGGGUAUUGACGACAAGAACUGGAACUCGCAAUGCAAGACGACACAGACUUACGUGCGAGCGCUAACGCAAGUUCGCAAUUCGGUAGGAUGGAGGUGGAUACGCAUCGAUACCUCCUGUGUUUGCGCGCUGUCCCGGAAACGUCACAGGACGUAAACCCCUACCCCUAAGCCCUCUCCGCGCAAACCCCAAACCCAGAAUUCUACAUUCCGUUUUUCCAGUUCACGGUGCUCUCCAGCACAGGAAUAUGCACUGUGUCGUGGCGAUAUCAAAUGACAUCUAUUGAAGAAAAUGUGGGUCCAUUUCAGUGAAUCACAUGCUGCAAUUUCAAAAUUCAAAUUCCGUGGCGCGGUGUCGCCGUUUCGGAAGAACUCCUCUGAGCCAGGGUGCGAAGGGGGAACUGUAUAUAUAAAUUAUUUAAAUUAUACAAAACGCAUGUAGCUCAUACAUGUUUGUCGAAAUACAAAUGGAAGAAUAUAUUUGUGUUAUUUAUUGAAAGAAGUCUGCUUCCAAAGAAAUGAAAAUGUGUACCAAAAAAAAAAAAAAAAAACAACAACAAAAAAAUAUGACAAUGGACUUAUGUCACGACUACAAGACCGAGCCGGGCUGCAAUGGUGCUUCACACUGAGACUUACAAUGUGCCUUGACCAGUGUGCAAGCAAAGCAAAGUGGGACAUUCACACACAAAACAGAUGGGGAAAAAGUUGCAAAACCUUCAGAAAAUUUUUUUAGACACUUGAUUGGGCACACAUUCGAGAUAUUAAAAAUUGGCCAAGUCGCAUUUACAAACACUUCAUUCUGUGAAGCUUGACACAAACCAAAUCCAGAAAUUGCUGUCAGUGAUGGUUACAAAAAAACAAAACACAAAGUUGUUCUUUUGUCUACACUGAUGACCCUUUCUCACAAAACUGGUGUCACAUGCAAUAUAUGUUUUUCCUUUAAAUAAAAUAUAUUUAAAAAAAAAAAAAAGCAAUGUUUGGAAAUAUUCCACGAGAAAUGCCAUGAUGUUGUAUCUUGGUUUACCACAGA